AUGCACCCGCCAGAGCAUACAGCCUCAUUCUUAGGCAUACCGGCGGAGCUACGGCUCAACAUCUACGAUCGAGCUUUCGCUCCGACACUGGUAGAGUACAAAUACUGGUAUGGCAAGAAGAUCAAUCUCGCAGAAUCGCUUCCACCAACCAAGGAUCUGCUCUUAGUAUGUCGGCAAAUCUACCAUGAAGCCAGCAAGACGUACAAAAAGAACUAUCGCGGCUACUGGAGCUCCCCGGAAUUCUGCCUACGCAACAGGGCAGAAGACCUUGCGACUGUACUCAGCUUCAACGACAAAGCGCUGGACAACAUCCACUCUCUGGAGAUCGUGGAGUGGUACCUGUGCCAAGAUUCGAUGGAACUCACCAUGAUUCCGGGAAGGCGUGGAUGGUAUUGGAUGUGCCCCUGCCACGGAGGUGCAGAAUGUGUCUUUGGGUACAUUGACAAGAACGUCCGCGGCGAGUACGUGUGGAAUAAUAUUGAAGAACACCUUGCCGAACGGCCGGAAUGCGAGGAGGAGCAUUACCUCCAGAAACACGGUCUGCCGAAGCAGAGGGAUCUUCCUUUGAGAUUGCAUCUUGAAGUGGUGAAGAAGCGUUACGAAUUGUUCUGCGACGAGACGUUACUGCCGGAGGAGAAGCGGCAACAGUUUGAAGAUGACGAUGGAGACCAUGGCGAAGAGGGCGACGAGGAAGAGAGCGAGCCAGCUCCAGUGGACUCGACUCUAAGAUAUUAG